GUUGAACAUUCAACGCUUCAAGAUCCUCUUUUUGCUACUCCCAAAACUGUACAACAAACGGAACCAGAGUGAGAGAGAGAGAAACAGUGAUUCCAAAUGGGGGCUCUGAUAAAGCUAAUAGACGCAAUACUGUUUAUCUUCUUCAUGGUCUUCCCUGUUUUAGCUCUGGUUAUCGACUCCCAAAUUUGCUUUCCUGACAAGUACUUCCCUGACAACCUCGUCGAUCUCAAGCUCUGGUACACACGCGAGUAUGGGGAUUACUUGGUGGACGAGAAGCCCAAUUUCUUUGUGGGUAUUGUAUGGCUCGAGCUUCUCUUCCUCUGUCCUCUCUCCAUCUUCAAUCUCUUCGGUAUUAUGGGUGGCAAGUCUUGGUUCAACACCACUUGCUUGGUCUAUGGCGUCUCUGCUUUCACUUCCAUGGUUGCCAUAUUAGCAGAACUGAUCGGUUCCCGGAAGGCAUCGGAAGAGUUAUUGAUGAUGUACUACCCCUUCAUGGGUUUUGCAGUUUUAGCCAUUCUGCGCGGCCUGCUACCUCACUCUGGCAAGACUACCGCAAUGGGCAAAAGACCUGCAUUGAAUAGGAAAAAGAAGGCUUGAUGUCUUUCAACUUGGCGACUGAUAUUUUCUGUUCCUCUCAUCUUUAGAAAAUUUCCCAUUCCAGUUUUUUUGCAGUUGGCUGAUUUAAGUUCAUUAUGCAUCAACUGAACUGAAGUUAUGAACAAGAAUCAUUUGUAAAUUGAUUUUGUUACAAGCUACGAUGAUAUCCACAGAAGUUUGAACAAAUGCUGGUUUAUGAUGAGUUCCAAUUAUGGCUGUUAUGAAA